AUGUUUAAGGGAAUCCUAGGAGGUAAUGGCAAGAAGCCAAAGCAGGACCGCCAUGUUAGACCCAGAGAAAACCCACCCGAACGAAAGAAAGAUCGAGAGCCGAAACCUAAACAGGAAAUCCCCAACCGCGAACCCAGGAAGGAAAGGCCCGCGCAAAAUUCUGCAAACAACAUACCCAACUGCAAAAUAGAUAUUCUCAAAUUUCCUUUGUUUCCAUUAAAAUGGCCAACCCCGGAGAUGAGCCAUCAGGAAUGGUAUAGUAGCGUAUCUUUAGGGAAAGACGAUGCAGAAUUCAUCAUUGCGUGGUGGUGGCAGAAAGUUCAACUAUUUUUUAGGGUGCACGAUCCGCAUACUCUCCAGGUAGAAGAAGAUUUGAGAGAAGCAGUUAAGAAUGUGAAAAGGCUAAGAAGGGAGAGGGAUGCAUGGAAGAAAGAACAUGACGAUGUUUUUGUAAUGUAUCAAAAGCUGAAGAUGGCAUCGGAUAAACGGAAGCUAGAAAGGAAAACAUAA